AUGGCGGUGCGUCUGGGCCUAUCGCUGGUGAGCGAGGUGCGGGACUCGAGCGAGGGCGUGUGGGAGCAGAUCUCGGAGGAGGCAGAGCGGCUGGCCAGCCAGCUGGAGGAGGAGACGCGGCGGCGCGUGGUGGCCAUCGAGAGCCACGCCGAGGCCUACGCCAGCUGGCGCUUUCAUCCAAUGCAACUUUCAGUUAUUCAGUUAUAUCAGUACAGGCCAUUUUUUUCACCCUUUAGGGACGUGAGGCCGUAUGCCGAGGCCAUGGACUCCGAGGCCCUGAGGGCCUCUCUGAUGCAGAAGACCGAGGAGCUGAGAGGCGGCCUGGACCAGAACCUGGCCCAGAUGCAGACCCAGCUGGGCCCCCACACCCAGCAGCUGAGGCAGAGCGUGGACCAGCACCUGCAGGACUUCCAGAAGAGCGUGGCUCCCCUGGCCCACAGCCUCCAGACGCAGCUGUCCCACAGGAGACAGGAGCAGCAGAAGAGCCUGAGCCCUUACGCUGAGGAGCUGAAGGGGAGGCUGGAUCCCCUGGCACAGGACCUCAAGAGCCAGCUGGUCAGUCUCUGGGAGUCUUUUGCUAAGGACCGCCAGUAAGACCUCUCUGUUUGUAGUAUGUGGGGUCAAUGACGUUUUAGUAGUAGCACACGUCAGGGUGGCGCAACCAGAGCUAAUGCCAUUGUGUGGAUUUGUUUUGUUUUGUUAUUUAUUGGAUCAUGUAAUAAGCGUAUUCAUUGCAGUGCAUUAAUUAUCAAUUGCUCAUUAAUUCAUGGAUAUUAUCUGUGGUUGUAUCACCUGAAGUCUGUGAGCCCAAAAAAACGUCAUUCACCCAUGAGCGCCUGUGGCACUGGCCCGAACACUGAAUGAUCUUGGGUCAAGUCAUGGGCACCCACAAGGAGGACUUUACUGCAAGGGAAUCAAAGAAGAACUUUUGGAAAACCUCAUAAUGUUUGGCCUUAUUAGAUCGGCAUGGGUAUAAAUUAAGUCAUUGGUAGCUUAGUGUAACAAGAUUAAUUUUAUUGGUGUAGUGAAGCAGUGAGACCAACAUGUCUUACUCGCUGAGGAUCCCUUUAAAGGACCUAGUAGAUUUUUGACACUUGUGAUAAAUAUUUAUAUUUUCUGAGAUGACUACAUGAUGUAGAGUCAUAGGCAAUCUUUGCCUUUUAUGUAUUGUCAAACAACAGAGACACCGUAUGUAGGAACACAAAUAGUUAAACAGGUAGGAAUGAACUGAAAUAGCUGCUUCUUGUGAAUAUUUUUGUAUUUAUUUAUUAAGCAACAUUUUUAUUUUCUAUUUCAAAAUACUGCAGUAAUAACA